GGGCGCUGGCAUCGCCGCUGCGGGCAGAGCGCUCCAUUGUCAGCGCCGCGGGGGCCUCUAUGGCGCCUCGGGUAAAGGCUCCGCAGCCACCAGGCUGGCCUUAGGGGGUGUCCGCAGGGCUGGCUGUGAGCCGGUGGUGGUGGUGGGGUCCCGUCCUGCGCUGCCGGGGCUCCCUCCUGGCCCCCCGGGAGCUGGGCUGCCAUGAGCGCUCAGGACGAGCAGUUCCCAGCAGCACCCCCGGAGCCAGCAGCGUCCUCCAGCGACGAUGGCAUGACCUGGUGGUACAGGUGGCUCUGCAGGAUCGCGGGGGUCAUCGGGGGCCUCUCCUGUGCCUUUGCUGGUCUCUGGAACUGUGUCACCAUCAACCCCCUGAACAUCGCUGCUGGCGUCUGGAUGAUGCUCAAUGCCUUUGUGCUGUUCCUGUGUGAGGCUCCCUUCUGCUGCCAGUUCAUCGAGUUCGCCAACGCCGUCGCGGCCAGGGCGGACAGGCUGCGGCCCUGGCACAAAGCUGCCUUCUACUGUGGGAUGGCAGUGGUGCCAGUGCUGCUCAGCCUGACGCUGACCACGCUCUUCGGCAACGCCAUCGCCUUCGGCACCGGAGUGCUCUACGGCCUCUCGGCGCUCGGCAAGAAGGGAGAUGCCAUCACCUAUGCCCGCAUCCAGCAGCAGCAGAAGCAGCUGGAGGAGGAGAAGCUGGCAGGGCCCCUGGAGGGGCAGGCUCUCUGAGGCACAGGAGCUAGGGGUAACCUCUGCUGGACCUCUGGGGCGCUGAAGAUGUGGAGAUCCACUCUGCCCUCCCCUCUGCCCACUCCCCUCCCUCUUACUCCAUGAUUUCCCUGGACACUGCAGCCACUGGAAGUCUCAGGGGCUGGGGCAGGCUGUGCCCUCUCCUCACACCAGCAGCCAGACCUCAGAGUGUUGGUCUCUCUCUCCUCCUCAACCCUCACCCAGAUGUCUCCCACAGGGCCUCAUGCCUUUUAAUUUAGUGAGUUAGUUUGGCCCUAGAGGUGCUGGCUCUUUGCUGCCUGCUUUCCAAGCCUGACCAGGAAACCCUUUCCUUGGACAAGGCAGCCAAGGGAGCUGCUGCUCCUGGGUGGCUUGAGCAGGGACAGAGCUGAGGUGCCAGCUCCUUGCCUCUGUGCUGGGCUCAUAGGACUCAGGGAGCUGCUGCUUCACGCCUGGGGGUAGCCUGCACUUCGCAGGCCCUUCCCAGGUCUAACCACUAAUCCGGGCUCUAGCAGCAGGUGGUGAUGCCUAAGCUUGGUCUUGUUCCUCUGAGGAUGUGUCCAGUUAGGCCAGGCUCUGCUGCAUGGGAAAGGACCUCAGCAAAAAGCCCUGUGCAGAGGCAAGAACCAGCUGCAGGGGAGCUGCCAGUGCAGAGGCAAGAACCAGCUGCAGGGGAGCUGCCAGUGCAGAGGCAAGAACCAGCUGCAGGGGAGCUGCCAGUGCAGAGGUAAGAGCCAUCUGCAGGGGACCUGCCAGUGCAGAGGCAAGAACCAGCUGCAGGGGAGCUGCCAGAGGUGCUGGGGCACCUCCUGCAAGCCACACAGCACAGGCUCCAUCUCCUCUGGAGGCAGCCUCAGGCAGCUCCUGUGAUCUAUUUGAAUUACAAGAAUGAAGGACUUGGGCUUAUUAAAGGGGAAUUUGCUUCUGCUUCCCUCUUUUCCUGGGGCAGAAGGGAAGUUUGCUUCAGCUCAGCUGGAGGAGGCUGCUGCUGCCUGAGCCAAGGGUGUGCUGCUGUGCAGGAGCAUCCUUCUCUUGUGAGCCUCAGACUCGGUCCUCUUAUCUCUCACCCCCUGCAUCUGCUCCUGCUUCCACACAAGGGACCUGCUCUUUGCUUCUGCCUGGUCCAUUCUGUGGGCUUGUGUUGUCCUGGACCAGUUCUGGACUGGUUUUGUAUGGGGAGAUGAAAUCUGCUUCCACUGCAAGCAGACAGAGCUGUGGGUAGCUGGGAUGGCUUAUUCCAGGCUCAUUCCAGGCUCCACCAGUGGGAUUUGCAUCCUGUUUUCUGUUUGCUUUGUGUCAGGCAGACCAAAACUGAGUCCAGAGCUCCCUCUUCUCAUUGUGACUUCUGCAGGGGGGUGUUAACUUAUUGGAUUUUUACAUAGCUGCUUUUAGUUUUGAUUAGGAAGGAGGGGAAAUGGUUUGGGUUUAGCUCCUGCAGCAUUUGGAUGGGACUCAUUUUCUCUGGGCACAGGAGAAAGGAGUGCUCUGGAUCCUGUCCUUCAAAGGGCUGCCUCAUGUCAUUGGGGGGGUCUCUAAACCCAGGCUGAGUCCUGGCUGCUGUGCCUGGGGCACUGCAGAAAUCCUUUCUCAGCCUUCAGAAUGGUUCUCCUGUAGUCCUUUGACCCUUUGGGCUUCUUCUGGGCCACAGCCAUGGCAGAGUUUGGGUUCCCUCUCUGCCUUUUCCCCUCUGGGUUUCCUCUCUCCUGGGAGGUGAACUGGGCUGGCACUGGGGGGGUUGUACUCAGCAGCCAAGGCAGGCAGCAGCUGUGCUGAGCAGUGGCAGUGAGGACUGCAGCCUGGCCUUACCCUCCUGCCCUGGCAGCUGAGCUGCUGCUGCCACCAGCACUUUGUGCUCCCAUCUGAGUCUCUGGGGCACCAGGGGGCUUGUGCUGUGGGCUGAGAAAGGCUGCUGGAGGCUGGCUGAGGCCUGGGGCUGCCCAGCAGCUGCUCUCUGGCUUCUGAGCACUGGUGGCUUGGCAGCUGUCUGGAGGAGAGGAUCUCCCUGCUGCUGUGGUGUCUCUGCCCUUAGCUGAGCAGCACCAGCGCGUUCCUGGCAGAGCCUGGGGUGGAGCUGGGGCUGGGGACAGCUGCAGUGUGUGCCUGGAGAUCAGGGAGCUAAGCUGCCCUCCAGCCAGCCUUAAGCUGAUGUUUGCUCCUUGGAGCUGAGGGAGGUGUGAGGAUUUACACCAGGCAGGAAGGUGGCUUGGGCUCAGUUACACACAGCUGGGUGCUGGGGCAGCCACUUUGUGCUGAGCCUCCUCCUCCCCCACCCAGGACUCUGACCCCAGCUUGUCUGGGACACAGAGCAGGCACCAGCAGCUUCCAGUCAAGGCCCUGCUUUUGCAGAGUCUCCAGCUCUGGGCUGGUCCCCCCAGCUGCAGGCACUCCGUGGGCUGCUGAGCUUCCCUGUGUGAGUGUGUGCAGGGACCACAGCUCCUGGCCACGGUGCUGAGAUGCUGCAGGAGGAGCAGGCUGCAGCUCACCAGCUGCUUCGGGUGCCCUGGGCUGGAGCUGGUGGUGGCUCUCUGCAGUGCCCUUUGGGCUGGUUUGAGGGCAGAGUCCAGCCUAGCAGGCAGGACAUCUGCUUUGAUUUCAGGGGUGGGGGUUGGGGUUAGGUAGUGGUUAGUAGAGGAAUGUUGCAGGCUGAUGCAUGUCUUUGAUAGUGCCUGCUUGGCUCGGUAGCUUUAGUGACAGGAGGCACAAGGCAGAGCAGAGUGGAGAGAGUAACACUUGAGGCUGAUCUGUGUCCACCCUGGGGAACCACAGAGCUGGGAAGAGCCUUGCUUGUCCCAGUCACAGGAUGCUUUAGGUUGGAAGGGACCUUUAAAGGUCAUCUAAUCCAAGCCCCUAUAGCCAUAGACCAGCAGCAGUCCCCAGGGCAGAUAACUGCUCUGGGCCUCCUGGAGGGCUUGUUGGCAUGGACAGGUCCACUCUGCUCCCUUGGCACCAAGGGCAGAAGUCCCCUGGGCACCAGCACUUCUGUCUUGCUGUGUUUUGUGGCAGGUGGAUCUGGCCCUGUGGCUAAGGCAAGCAACCAACCUGCACCAGCUCUGCCAGGCUGCAGAGCUCAGCCCCGAGCCCAGCACUGGUGCUGGGAAUGGGCCUCAGGGACUCUUCUGCAAGAGCUGAGCCUUAACAAGCUGGGGAAGGGCCUAGAGUGACUGAGGGAGCUGGGGAUGGUUAGUCUGAGGAAGAGGAGGCUGAGGGGAGACCUCUCUGCUGUCUAGAGCUACCUGAAACUACAUUGUGGAGCUACUUACAGCUGCAUUGUGGAGGGGCUGGAGCUGAGCUCUGCUCACAGGUCAUGGGAGAGAGAGCAAAGGGGAAUGGCCUCGAGAUGAGGCUGGGGAGGUUUAGAUUGGACAUUAGGACAAAGUUUUUCACAGAGGGAGAGGUCAGGGACUGGAAUGAGCUGCCCAGGGAGGUGGUGGAACCAUCCAGCUGUGUUUCAGGGUGGUUUGGAUGUGGUGCUUAGGGCUGUGGUUUAAGGUGAAUCUUGUAGAGCAGGGCUCUGGGUUGGACUUGGUGCUCCUGAGGGGCUCUGCCCACCUGCCUGUCUGUGUGAUGAUCAUGGAACCACAGAACUGCUCAGUUGGAAGAGACCUUUGAGAUCCUCAAGUCCAGCUGCUCACCUUGGGCUUGCAAUCCACAGCACACCAGGGCUGGGCAAGGUUUCUGUGCCUCCUGCAACAGGAGAGGUCUCAGAGCCAUGCUCCAGGGGUGCUGACUCCUGCAGGUGGGUGUCUGGAGUGGGAGCUCUUGGGGAUGGGUGUCUGGAGUGGGAGCUCUUGGGGAUUUGUGGUGCAGCAGAAACCAAGCCAGAUGCUGUCAUUGCUGCAGCCUGUGGCUUGGGGACAGCACCCAUGGCUUCUAGGAGAUGUUGUGACACUUAGUGGGUGCUGUAACCUCCCUGUGGGCAAGAGACAUCACUGUGGAGGUGGAGGGGACCUCUAGAGCAGCAGCAUCACAGCAGCUAUGUGCCCAUUCAUGGGGCAUGGUGGUUGAUAGUUGUGUUUGGAGGGUGCCUGGAGCUGUGUGAGGACAGCUGAAGUACAAAGCCCUGCUCUGGAGAUGCUGUGGGCCCAAGCCAUGCCCUGCUGGUGGCACCCAGGCUAACCUCCUGCUUGCCAGGUCUUGGGAGACAGUGGGACAGGAGUUCUGUCACUCAGGAGAGGGUCACUGCAGCGAGCUGUUGGCACCAGGUGUGGGUGCUGGCAGCACUGCACUUAGCAUUGGAUUCCACCAUCCCCUGCCUGGGCUCUGCCCUCCUUCCCCACAUGCAGCUGUGCUGUGGGCAGCUCUUGCACCUCCCAGUCAGUCAUGAAGUUGGCAGCACCUGUGGGUAUCAGCUCCACUCUGCCCUGGAGGUGCCCCACUGGGUGUGAAGGGCAGAGCAGAGGCUCACUGUCUGCUGUGUGCCCAGGCCUCCUUGCCUUGGCACCACCACAGGGAUCUCUGUGAAUAAAAAGACCUUGCUACCUCUGGACAGAGCCACUGUGAUUCCUCAGCCUCUCAAUGGCCCAGCAAAACCCUUGAGACUUCAGCAGGGAGGAGAUCACUCAGAGAAUGCUCCUCCAGUGAGCUCCUUGCAGGGCCCCAAGAGCCCAAGAGCUCAUCUCUGGUCUGGGCAUUCCCUCCUUAGGCUGAGCCCUGGGAAGCUGACUUCAGCUUUGUCAUUUUCUUCUUUUCCUCAGGAAACAAACAGGCAAAAAAACCAUCUCCUGCCUUCAGGGAAGGGUUUCAUGGGAGAUGGAGAAUGCUCUAGGGCCAUGGGAGAUGGAGAAUGCUCUGGAGCCAUGGGAGAUGGAGAAUGCUCCAGCACAAGGCUGCCAGAGGUCCUGAUCUUCAGCAGGUCAGUGGAAAGCAGAGGCUCUUGAGACCUCUCCUAAUCAGGCCACACUUAGAAGCUGCCUGGCCCCAGGCAGGGCUGAGCAGCUCUCUGGAGAUGAGUCUCAGCUGCAAAGGUGCAGUCUGAGGGUGAACUUUUUCUGUGCUGUUUGGCCCUGGUCUCUGCCUCUGUCCCAGGCUGCUUUAACUUCACCCUCUGGUGGAGCUCAGCUCCUCGGAGGUGACUUCUCUCGUGCUGCAGGGCACCUCUUGGGAUCUGGGUCAGCUAUUCCAGCCCACGCUUCCUGGCACAGCAGGCUGAAAGCUGCAGCCCUGGGGGGACACAAACGUCCCCAGCAGCCCUGGGAGGGCAUUUCAGGAGGUCAGGGAAACCAUCUCCCAGCUCAGCCUUUGUUGUUCAGCCCUUCUGGGAGGAGGCAGGUUGGAUGUGAUGCUCAGCAAGGCCUUUGGUUCCACCUCCUGCAGCUGUGCUUUACUUCGGGCUAGGCUCUCAAACAAAAGCAUUGCAGGAGUCCUUCAUCUGGCAGGGCAGCCAGAGAAGGGGUGAAGAGCAGUUUGUCACUGAAGGGGUCAGGUUGGAAGGGACCUUAAGCAUGACCUAGUUCCACCAGGGACACCUUCCACUAGCCCAGGUUGCUCAAGGACCCCAUCCAGCCUGGCCUUGCCCACCUGCAGGGAGGAGCUUUGCUACCAACUAUGCACUUGAAAUCUCCAAGUGGUGGAGCUGGGAAGCUCCACACACAGCAGUGAUGGAGAUGCAUCCACCUUCCUCUCUGGGGGUGAGCAAAACCCCUGUGGUGGGAAGGAGCCACCCGGGUAGAAGGUGUUGUGAGCCCCCACCCUGUCUGUCCUGCAGGGGAUCACUUGCACUACAGCUGAAUGUUUGUUCCUCUUGCUUGUUUGCUGCUGGAGUGUCUUUGUCAGCUGCAUUUGGUCUUGUUCCUUGUGUAAUGUGUGGGUGUUAGAGCAAUAAAACCUGGCAGCUUUUUUCUACCCUC